AUGGAAAAAGAUAUUGUUGUCUCAAAAAUAUUUUGUGACUUUUUAGUACUUGUAUUUUGUACUUUACCACUUCUUUUAAUUCAUCUAUUUGCUCAACCAUUUCAAAGAGGUUUUUUUUGUGAUGAUGAAUCUAUAAGAUAUCCAUAUAAACCUGACACAGUAUCUAUUCCAGCUCUUGCUGUUGUUGGAAUUCUUCUUCCAAUUUUUAUUAUAAUUUCAACAGAAAUAUUUAGAUAUUUAGCAUGGGAAAGAAAAUGCCAACAUCUUUUUAAAUCAUACAAAUAUAAGGAUAGAAAUAUUCAUAGAUUUAUUGUUAGAUUAUAUGCAUUCCUAGGUUUUUUUUUAUUAGGAAUAGUAUUUAAUCAAUUAAUGAAUAUUAUUGCUAAAUAUACUAUUGGAAGACAAAGACCACAUUUUAUGGAAGUUUGUAGACCAAAUGUUGGAUAUAAUAAUUGUCUUGGUGACCAUAAAUACAUUACUAAUUUUAAUUGUACUGGUACUAAUGAACAUUUAAAUAAGGAUUCACAAUUAUCUUUUUACUCUGGUCAUACGGCUUUCUCUUUUUAUGGAGCUUUUUAUACAGCAUUAUAUUUACAAGCUAGAUUAUAUAAACCUGUUGGAAGUAAACUUUUUAUACCAGCUGUUCAAUUUGCAUUAGUAUGUGGUGCAUCAUUUGUUGCAUAUUCAAGAAUCAGUGAUUAUAAACACCAUUGGUCAGAUGUUUUAGUUGGAGCUAUUAUGGGUACCUCUAUAGGUAUCAUUGUAGCUGUUUGUAUGGCAAAAGUAUUUAAAUUACGUGAAAUUCCACCUUGCUCAGAGGAAGAACCAUUCAAACCAACUAUUACAAAAAAUUGUAUUGAAAUAAAAGGUGGUUUCAUUGCAUGUAGUGAUGAAGAAGCCGAAACGCAUAAUAACAGACAAGCUCAUUUUUAA